AUCGCACGCUCCUCAAGAGAGAGAGAGUGUGAGAGAGAGAGAGAGAGAGAGAGAGAGAGAGAGAGAGAGAGAGAGACACGCGGUCAAACUGAGCCUUAUCUACCGCAGUGGGUCACUUAAUAAGAGCCAUUUGGUGCCAGAGGCGACCCGGUGCGCGCAGGAGCCGCAGUCAGGGGCAGAUUAUCUUAAUAAGAGCAGCAGUCAUAAUCUCAGAGGCCAGCAGCAGAGAGCACAUUGCUCCACACAGGGAAGGAGGAAACACACAGACACGGAAGAGAAGAGAGUGAAAGAGAGGCAGAGUGAGGGACGGACGGCAAGGCAAACAGUUUAACUUUUACUCUGCUGGAUAAAAAUAACAACAACAAAAGGCUAAAAAGACAAACAAAACGUGAAAGCCAAGAAGCCGGAAAGUGUUGGUGAAGAUGCCGCGGGUAGUCCCGGACCAGAGGAGCAAGUUUGAGAAUGAGGAGUUUUUCCGCAAGUUGAGCAGAGAGUGUGAGAUUAAAUAUACUGGGUUCAGGGACCGACCCCACGAGGAGAGACAAGCUCGCUUCCAGAACGCCUGCAGAGACGGACGGUCAGAAAUAGCCUUUGUAGCUACAGGUACCAACCUCUCUCUCCAGUUCUUUCCAGCCAACCUGCACGGAGAUCAGAGGCAGGUUCCUACAAGGGAGUAUGUGGACUUUGAGAGGGAGACAGGAAAGGUGGCGGUAACGAGCCAAGAUAAGCAGCAAUGCGACAGCAAAGGCAGUGAAGAAGAAGACCGCAAGCAAGUCCAUUUAAAGGCCCCUAUGAUCUUAAACGGGGUGUGUGUGAUCUGGAGAGGCUGGAUCGACCUACAGAGGCUGGAUGGGAUGGGAUGCCUGGAGUAUGAUGACGAGAGGGCGCAGCAUGAAGAUGCUUUGGCCCAGGCAGCCUUUGAAGAGGCUCGACGCAGAACCAGAGACUUUGAAGACAGAGACCGAUCGCACAGAGAGGAUCUAGAGGACCCUGUGGUUUCUAAAAUCUGGGACUGAUGACACACAGACAGACAGCCAGCAGAAAAGAACAGGUCCAGACGACAGCAGGACCACAGCCCUGGCUCAAACAUGGCCAACGCUGAUGUAGAACACAAGAUGCGCUGAGGAGGACAAGGAAGUAGUGGAGAGAGGAAGAGGAGAAAACCAGGGCUGGCUGUCCAUUCACUUUAAAUACAAUCAACUGGGGAAACAAAUGUCAAUUGAAGCUGCAAUUGUAGACCAAUUGUUCACCAUUAUUUCCUAAGUGGUUUGAAAUGAUCAUUUUUACACGCCAAACAUUUUUCGAGAUAUUUAAAUUUAGAAGACAAUAAACUUCCUGAAGUGAUUGAAUUGAAAGUGAAGCAAGCCCUAGAAAAGAAGGAUUAAAGGACACAACAGACCUGGGCAAAAAGUUGUUGAAUAUAUUUAAAAACAGAGGAAGGAAAAUAAGCUGAUGUGAAGGUGUUUAUUGAGUCACAUGAGUGUUUCAGAUACAUAAAGUGGAGAACCAGACAUCAAAAACUUUGAUAAAAGAUAUCAAAGUUUUUGAUGUCUGGUAGGAGAAUGUCCAGGUCUUCAAGCAUUUAUUGGAUAGGGGUAGAUACAAAUACCAAAAGUAUAUUUUCUAUUAAUACAAGAUGUUGAAAAUAGAGGUAGAGGGGUUGUAAGAGGUUACAAAUGUUAUUGGGGGGUGGGGGUGGGCAGAAGCCAGAAAGAGCAGAGAAAAAAGAGAUUUGUUUGCCUCAGGGUCACAGUCCGGGCUUUUUGGUCAGGAUUACCAGUAGAGCAGCAGCAAACGUGAGGUGUUGAUAAAAAAAAGAACAGAAAAUAGAAGCGAUUCUGCAUUGUUCAGUGUUGUGCAACACUUCACAUUUGUGAACAUGCCCCCGCUAUACCUUGCUCCCUUCCUGAAACCUGCUGUUUUCUUAGACCAAAGUUUACGUUGCUGGAAAGGGAGGGGAGGGAGCGAAUAAAAGUAGGGGAAACUGAGUCACACUUUAAAAAGUGGGCAGGAGGGAAGAGCUCAUCCAGAGAGAAUUAUGCAAGGUUGUAGGGCUGAGAAGUGUUUGCUAUUGUGAUAUUCAUGAUCACUUUAAACCAUCCUUAUGGUGAGAUGCGCAUGAUUGUAGAAUCACAGGUUAUGUGGCAACAACCUUGAGGCAGGACGGUUAGCAAAGAAAACUACUACAAACUCUGCUGUCUUUGGCUCUGGAAGCGGUUUGGGGUGGGGUAAAUUUUAACGUCCUUUGUCUUCUGAGGGGUUUUGCACUAUGUGAUACAAUCAGAUUUGUUCUCCAAGUGGAUUUUCUUUAUAUGCAUGAAACCAAACACAGGCCUACCUAUGUUCUUUAUUGUUCCCUAUGCAGCCUAUUUAUCGUGAGAGCACUCACUUAACAGCGCUUUGAUAAGGAAUAACUGGGUGAUUCAAGGCUAUGUCACUGUGAAGCCAAAUUUAAGGGUACUCGCAAGCUCAACAAAGCACAAAAGCAUCUGUUUUUUUUAAACAAGGUUAUGUUUGUGUCCUAAUGAGACACUUGAGCAGAGAAAAUGCCACUUUUGUUGCCAAUGCGUCACCCAGGUGCACUGAGAAUCAGAUCAAAUGCCACUCUGUGGUGACCGUGCAUGAAAAUGGUGACCCCUAUCCUUUAGUAUCUGUAUACACCUCUGAUCAAAAAAUUAAGCAUAUUUCUUUUUCAGAGCUACAAGGUCAUCAUUACAUUGCAUCGCUGUGGUUUUAAAUUUUUAAGGAUUUAAGUGGUGCUUUAUGGGUUGAGAAAAGUGUCCUAUAUUUAAAAAAAAAAAACAUUGGGUGUACUGAAAAAUGCAGUGUCACACAGCCGAAAAAAGUUUUGGUGAUACAUGGUUUUCAACGGACAGUGAUGAUGAGUAACAUGCUACUUAGUAUAACAUGCUACUAUUCCAAUUGAUAUCAGCCAAGACACAAGUUCACAUCCACCAGUUGCAUUUGUCACAUGUUACUUCUGUCACCUUAAAUAUAAAAAAAUCGGAUUGCAAUCAACAUUGAUAAUUACUCAGCUUAGAUGAUAGACUAUGCUCUCUAUGGUACCAAUUCAGUUUAGUUAGAAUCCAACUAUUGAUCGAUCAAUCACCCAGAUAUUCCUCAUCAUUAAAGAACUGUACUAGUGUAAUGAAAUGGUUUUGUUAUCUUAUCGUUUUGUUUGUGUGAAAGUCAUGAUGUUUACUUUUUAUAUUACUGCUCACUUCUGUAUAUGUACUCAUUUCUGUUCAUCUUUCAGCUUUGUUAUCAACUAGUAGUAGUAGCAGUAUGCUAUUUUAUGUCAAGUUGAGUGGAAAUUUACAAAUUGUCUCCAGAAAUGUGGGAGUUUGGAGGACUUUUGUUGCUUUGUUUUUCAAUGUUCCAUGUGUUCCUUUUAUUAAUGUUAUUUUUAUUGUUUGUUUUUUAAAGGUAAUCCACUUCCUGGGUUAAAUACAUUGAAUGUGGAUUUACUCAAGUCCUGUUAUUAGCGGUAUAAAUGUUUUUAUAUUGUGCAACUAGAAGCUCAUUUCAUUUUCCAGUGCAGUUAUUUACAGUUAGUGCACUCAACGGUUUUAUUAUAAUUAUUAUAACCAAGAAAAAUCUUAUUUUUAUUCAUGCUUUUCUGUUUUCCCUGUAUGACUUAUUAAGAAUUUUAAUGAGCUAAGCAAACUGGUGAUUUUGUAUCCAUUGAUAGUCAUGUGUUUGUAACAUUUUACAAGAUGUUUUGGAGUAAAGAAAUGUUGUUGCUAAAAAUAAUAGUAUAAAUUUAAAUAAAAAAGUGAAUUGGAAGCUCAAACAUGAUAAACUUGAUGAUAGGACCCCAGCCGGUCCACAGAGAGGUUGUAUGAUUUUAAAAGAACAUGCAAAAUAACUCAAAGAAACUGCUUAAGCCACAAUGGUAACACAUUUGUCAACUUUUCUACAGACUCAUUAGCAAAAACUCUCAAGGCCAAAUCAUCAAGCUCAGGGUGCAACUGAAAACAAUGCAGGAAUUUCAUCCUGACUUUUGGAUACUACAUGGCAGGACUUAAUUGGGGUAACCUAAGGUCAGAUAAUUAACUCUCUCAUUGGUAGCCUUUGUUAAUUUUUUCCACACAGAGAUUUGGGAGACUAGGGAGAAAAGCUUAAAUGUUUAAAUGUUUCUCAGAGCGUACUGAUCCUGCAGUCAGCUGGCUGUGUGACUGUUCCUUAAUAAGUUAAAAAUGUGGAAAACACACUUUCUGUUUGAGGGAACCUUCAGUGUGAUAAGCGGUGGUUUAAGGUUAAGGGGUUAGAGGAAGGCAUUAGAACAAGUGGGAGCAUAAAAUGGGUUGUGGCCCAAGAUGCAGCUCUUGUCAUGUGGGUGAAAGCUGUCAUAGAUUUGCGUGUACAGUGGCUGUUUCCACAAAGUUGAAUAAUUCCUCAUAUGCAAAAAGUUAAAGGAGCCCAGCCGUACAGAUCAGGACAGUAGUGCAAGAUAGAAAUUAAAAUCAGUGGAAACAGACAUUGGGUAUGAAUUGGUACAAUGAGAGGUGAGGUGUAGGUGGACAGUCAGGGGCAGUUGGGAUGAUUUAGCCUGGGCACCAGGCUUUCUGUAGGUUUUUGGACAUCAGUAAGUCAAGAAUUAAUUGGUUUUGUGUGUACUACAGCUGGACAGUGGUCAAUCAAGCUGUUUCCUGGUUGACUCUUAGAAAAAAAACACCACCCAUUGGUGAUCUCAUGAAAUCUACCCUAUCUGUAUAAACUAGCACAUCUCUUGGUCAGCUCUUUAUGGAUUUAAACAGUGCGCUCAGGUGAUGAAACAUUAGUGAGGGACUGAUUGUAAAUAACAAACUAAGUCAAAUGUCGAGGUUGUAUUUAGGAAGUGACCCCAGUGUAUCACCCUGUCCCACUACACCCACCUAGUUAAUCAUUUUGCCGUUAUUUAGAUGGUUGCCCAUGUAAACACCUUAGUUGAUCCCUCAGUUUUCUUAAUGCAGGCAUUAAGGCAAAAAAUAAACCAACAUUUUUUUUUUUAACCUAAACUGUUUAUCUUCUUAUUUGUACUUAGUAGUUAUUUAUACUUUGGUUUUAUUUAGAGAUCCAAAAAAGAACUUUAGUUGCUUUGUUCUUCCUGUGUGUGGUCUGUCUUUCCCUCUGUUUAGGGUUGAGCUUGUCCUCUUAGAGGAAAAUGAAAUAUGAGAUAUUCAAUUUUAAAUGUUGGAUGUUUUUCAUAAUAAACAUGAAUGAAUAUA